AUGGGCCUCGACCUCGAUGAUAUCCGCGACCAUGUGGCAUCGCUGUUCAUCAUGCUGAACAAGAAGACAGCGAUCUUGUUCCGCAUCGAGUUCUUGGUGGUCCUCGCCACGCUUCUGUUCUUGGCCAUGUUCUUCAUGGACCUUUUUCGGCGCACCAUCCACAGCCCGUUCAUGAGAGCCGUGUUUAGCGUCUUCGACGCAGUCUCCGACUCCAUCGUCGUGCACCUCCUGGGGGCCAUCCAAACGGCGCCUUUCAAGAAUCAGCUGUUCCCAGUCUGGGCCCUCAUGCUUGUCAAUUUCCGCUACAGUGCAGACUACAUCUCCAGCUAUGGUGUCCCUGUCCCUCGUGGGCGAAGGGCCUUCUGGCAAGGCAGGAGUUCGGAGCUUGUUGCAGAGCACAUGCUUGCCAUGCAUAGCAGCAGCAUGAACAAGGGAGGAGAAUUAAUGGACCCAGUCCCAGACACAGCAGCGACGAUGAAAGGCUACAAGUACUUGGUCUAUGGAGAAACAAAGCUGCAGUGGCAAGGAGGUUUCAACAGACUAAAGAAGCCUCAGUACGCAUUGUGUAUCGACCAGCAGCAGGAUCAGGAUGCUACUGCUAACGACAACGGCGGCGGCGCUACUAGAAUCCACAGGCGCAGAAAGGAGAAGACAUCAUCAGUACCGGUGCUGACGUUGGACAAGAUCUGGGACUGUCCCAUUCCCAUUCAUAAACAGCCACAACCACAUAGCCUGCAGCAGGGCCAGGGCCGGGGUGAGGAUGAUGAUGGGAGUGGGACCAAGGUUCUCCCUCUGGCCUUCGCAAUGUCCAGGCUUCUGCGGUGCAGGCUCGAGGAUGUGACGCUGCAGCCACGUAUAUUUGACAUGAACCGAGAGCUGGUCAAGAACAUGGUUGGCGGGAAGGUGGCUACCAGCGACAGCGAUGCCCUCAGGAUCAUGGAGCUGCAGCUCGCCUUCGUCCAUGACUACUUCAACACCCGCUACCCCAUGGUGUUCUGUUGUGGCCUCCCAUCCCUCUUCUCCAGCCUGCUGCUGUCCGUGCUGACCAUCUGUGCCGUCUGCUGGCUCGCUGUGGACAUCCGUAAGGUCUACAAGCCCCCCAAUGGCGAGCUUGCCCAUGUGUUCAAGGGCUUCAAUGUCGACAUAAUCAUUACCUGGGUAUUCAUUUUCUUGAUAGUUGUCAAGGAGAUAUGGGAGAUGCGCACCUACUUACUAUCAGACUGGACAAGCCUGAUCAUGUUGUGCGAGUAUGUGCAGCGCAAGCGCAAGUGCAAGAUCAGGAGCAAAGAAUCUAAAGUAGAUGCAUGGUCUGACAGCAUUCUGCUAUAUUUUUCGACAAGAUCAAGGAUCACUGAUCAAAGGAGAUGGCAUGGAUUUAUUGACCAGUAUGUCUUCGUGCAGUCCUAUCAUGACACGCCAUGGUGUUGGAAUCUCAUUCACAACCUAACCACAGGACUAGUUCCCAAGAAGGAGGAUGGGGCAGAGCUCAGCAGCCCCAUUCAAAUCCCCAAGUGUGUCAAGCAAGCAGUCCUGGAGAAGCUCGGCGGCAUGAUAGUGGAGGCCGCCGAUGAACAACCUGCUGGAGAUCGUUGUACUAGCACUAGCAGUCAUCGUCGUCUACCAAGGGUCAUCAGGACAUUGUCCAACAGCAACCUUAUCAUCAGGCAGCAGCUGCAGAACUAUCAGGCUUACUGCAGUACCGCACCCACAACCACGAGGAGCGCUCACGUCGCCCUGCCCACAACCUCUCAUAUCAUUCUUGUCUGGCACAUUGCGACCAGCCUCUGCGAGAUGGAGCUGGCGACAAAACAUGGCGUCACCUUGAGCAGCCCUGGAUUUCCAUGGUGCCUCCUGUCUUGGUUCACUUCUUCUUGCUGCUGCUCAUCCAAACCGUAUCUUAUGGACGUGGGUGACAAGGAAGAUAAAGAUAGCAUCUUGUCAUGGCUGGCAGGUUUUUGCUCAUCCAAUUCCAAACCGAGUCAGAAGACGACUCAAGGGAGGAACAAGGAAGUGAAUGAUGGUAAGUUGCCUGAAGAGCUCCGGGAAACAUAUGUCACUGCGAAUAGCUUGUCGCGGUACUGCACAUAUCUGCUGAUUGCUAAGCCUGACCUCAUCCCUGAUAGCUUCCUUGUUCCCAAGAUAGUCUUCCAGGAAACCGUCAAGAGUGCCCGUGAUGGUAUCUUAAAAGGUUGUGGUUCAUUACAGGAAAGGUACAGAGCCCUCAAGGACGAAGCAGAGAAACCAAUCGAAGACUCUGAGAAGGAGGAUGUGCUGAAACAAGGGGUAUGGACAGAGUUGCUCAUACACAUUGCGCCCACGCAGAACGCACGGGCACACAGGAAGUGUCUCGCUGGGGGGGAGUUCAUAACCCACAUCUGGGCAUUGCUUUGGCACUGUGGAAUCCACAGCAGCAGCUUGUGGCCAAAGGACGACGUUGGGCCUGCUGGAAACAAUGAUCCAGAUCCAGCUUCUGGCAACAACAGUGAUCAGGCUGGGAACAAGACAAGGCAAACUGGAGGACAUAUGAGGAGCUGCCCGAUUGGAAUUAACAUUAGUGAAGGUGAAGUAUAUGAUGACAACAAGGGAACCAAGGAGCAUGAGGCAAGCAACUCAAAGAGAGGAGCAAUGUGGAGAAAUGAUGGGAGCUCGGAAAUUGAAGAAAUCUCUCAGGAUGCGACACUGGAGACCACAAAUGUUCAGACAGGUCCAAAACGAGACUGA